UGUUUCAGUUUCUGUCAGGGAGCGUAUAAAUGUUACACCUUGAUAGGAAAGUUGUUUUGAAGUAAGCUAGCUUGUUUCGACUCCGAGCUAAAAUCCUAAUUUUUGGCUUCCAGACAUUUUGGAGUAUAUAUAUUUUAAAAAUAUAAUAAUUACCGAUAAUUAUUUUCUAAAGUUCGAGCCUGUCUUUUUUUUUCCUGAGAGAGUUAACAAUGGCGCUAAGACAGUUUUGCAAGUUGACACCAGUUUUAGGCGCUAACUAUCGAAGUAAAACAUUCAAACCGCCUGGAAAGACGACUUUGUUGGCAGUAAAAUCCUACGGCGCUGCAAAUGGAGGCAAGGACACAGGAGUAGCUGCAGGUCAGACUGUGGUCUCAGAGCGAAGGGGAUCCGUGGUUACUGUGGCAAUAAACCGACCUGAGAUGCGUAAUGCGGUGAACCAGGAGAUGGCACGGCAUCUGCUGAAAGAGCUGCUGGCUUUUGACAGUGACCCGGAUUUGAACGUGGCUGUGCUGCACGGGAAAGGAGGGAAUUUCUGCGCUGGUUAUGAUCUGAAAGAGCUGGCCAAUCACACAGGCCCCCUCAAAUUGGAGCAAGAUGUCACUAAGGGUCCCGGUCCAUUGGGUCCAUCCCGUUUGCAGCUGUCGAAGCCGCUGAUAGCAGCAGUGAGUGGUUUUGCUGUCGCCGGAGGGCUGGAACUGGCUGCGCUGGCAGAUCUGAGAGUGGUGGAGGAGAGUGCCGUCAUGGGAGUCUUCUGCCGCAGGUUUGGAGUUCCCCUGCUUGAUGGAGGCACAGUGCGGCUUCCGCAUCUCAUUGGUCUGUCGAGAGCCCUCGACCUGAUUCUGACUGGACGACCGAUUGGAGCACAGGAGGCUCUCGCCUUUGGACUGGCCAAUAGGGUUGUUCCUGAUGGCCAAGCUCUGCAGGCAGCUCUGGAGUUAGCAGAGCAGAUCAGCUCCUUCCCUCAGCAGUGUCUGAGGGCCGACCGCUCCUCAGCCAUGUACAGCUGCUACGACGCUGCAUCUUUCACACAGGCCAUGCAGUUUGAAAUCGACCACGGAAUGCCUGUCAUCUCAGCAGAAUCCAUCCCUUGGGCCAAAAAAUUCACCACUGGUGUGGGAAGAGGAGGAAAAUUCUUCUAGGAUUUAAGUUGCUGACGCGUUAUGAAUCAUGAUUUAAGACUGCGAUGGUUCUGGUGAUAAGGCCCGAAGGUGUCCAUAUCUCUCCACGUCUCUGCUACUGCUGCUGCCAGAGCCUAUCUUAUCUGUAUGUGAAGAGUGAGAACCGGCAUCAAAGCAGCACAUACCACCACACAUGCACCCCCACACACAAACAUCUACUGCUGGGUAGCUUCCAGACUAAAUACGACAGCCCUCAUAUCACUCCGAUACAGCUUAAAUAAAAUGUCAAAUUAGGGCAGUGCUGUUGUUUUUGUCAUCAUUUGUUAAAUCUUAUGUCCGGUUUUAUUUGAUGCAACGUAUCACAGCAGAGAUUUUUAGAUUUUAAAAGGUUCUAUUUGUCUAGAUUUAGAAGUUAUGUCAGUACAGUGUGAAAAAAAUUUGAAACCUUUUUGAGAUAAAAUUCUGUGUGUCUAAA